AUGAAUCUCUCACUCGUCGAUCCAUUUGUCCUGGCGCAGGAAUACCCAGAUACUUUGACUGAGAAGCUGAGCAGCGGCCAUGCGACAUGUUUAAGCUUCAACCACAAAGGCGACUACCUUGCCUCCGGACGAGUGGAUGGCACAGUGGUGAUCUUCGACAUUGAGACCAAUGGCGUGGCGCGCAAAUUGCAAGGCCACACGCGACAGAUCCAGUCUCUGAGCUGGUCUCGUGAUGGCCGCUACCUCCUCACCUCUUCCCAGGACUGGAAAUGCAUCCUAUGGGAUCUCAAAGACGGCUCACGAAUCCGCACAGUCCGAUUCGAGGCGCCGGUCUACAUCGCCGAGCUACACCCGUUCAACCAGUACAGCUACCACAAUUCCCCAACUAUCUGUCAAGCCAUAUCAACUAACCCCUUCUCCAGUCUCCUUUUCGUCGCCUCCCUCUUCGAAGACCAACCCGUACUGGUAGACGUCUCCGGCACAAAACCAAUCAAACUAAUCCUCCCCUCCGCGCCCUUCAGACCGCAAGCCCCAAACGGCGAAGAAGUCGACCCGGCCGUAGCGGCCAAACAAGCAGCGCAAGACGCCAAGCAUUCGACAUGCGUAACCAUCUUCACAGCCUUCGGUAACCACAUCAUCGCCGGCACCUCAAAAGGCUGGAUCAACAUAAUUGAAACCCAAACCUGCACCACAAUCCACUCAAUGCGCCUCUGCAACGGAGUCGUAAUUCUCCUCCGCCUAGCCAGCAACGGGCGCGACCUCCUGGUCAACAGCUCGGACCGAGUAAUCCGCACAGUGCUUAUGCCCGACCUAUCACAGCUAGGAAUCGACCUAGAACCAUCCGCGAUAAAACUGCACGUGGAGCACAAGUUCCAAGACGUGGUCAACCGACUCAGCUGGAACCACGUGACAUUCUCAUCGACAGGCGAGUUCGUGACCGCGACAACAUUCAUGAACCCGGAUAUCUACGUGUGGGAACGCAGCCACGGGUCGCUUGUCAAGAUCCUGGAGGGACCGCGGGAGGAGCUUGGCGUUGUGGAAUGGCACCCGAGCAGACCUAUGGUUGUGGCGUGCGGACUGGAGACUGGGUGCAUCUACACGUGGUCUAUCGUGUCGCCGCAGAAAUGGUCGGCACUGGCGCCGGAUUUCGGCGAGGUCGAGGAGAACGUUGAGUACAUGGAAGCGGAAGAUGAGUUUGAUGUUCACCCGGCUGAGCAGGUGCAUCAGCGACGGCUGGAUCAGGAGGAUGAGGAGCCUGAUGCUGUGACUCCUGAUUUGAUGAAGGGGGAUGUGGAUGCUGAUGGCAUUGAGCCGUUCAACCUGCCUGUCUUGCUCGAUGUUGAGGACAGUGAUUCUGGCGAGGAUGUUGUUGCUGUUGGGCCGGGAACUAUGCGGCGCAGGACACCUGGGGCUGGCAGAGAGGGUGUCAAUGGUGAUGCGGAGAAGCCUGCGGCUAAUGGGGCUUCGAGGGGUACUACCAGGAGUCGGCGACGAUAG